AUGAUCCUUUUCUACUUUCUCUCCUCCAUGCUUAUUGUUAGCUUCCCCACUGAAGCUGCAUACAUCGGCCAUAACUGCUCAACUUUGGCUGGCAACUCCACCUCCACCUUUAAAUCCAAUCUUAACCAGCUCCUCUCAACCCUUUCCUCCAACUCCAACCGCAACGACACCGCAGGCUUCUACAACGCCACAGUCGGCAACGCCUACGGCCUCUUCCUCUGCCGUGGUGAUUCGUCUGCCAGUGUCUGCAACGAAUGCAUGGACAACGCAACCUCGGAGGCACUCCUACGCUGUCCUGACAACCAACAGACCGUGGUUUGGUACGACCACUGCAUGCUACGAUACUCAAACCAGCCCUUCUAUUCUGAGGCUGCCACGUCACCUAGUAUGACAGGCUGGAGCCCGCGGAAUUUGCCACAGUAUGCGGAGGAACCUGAGCUUAACGAUGUGGUGGGUACGACUUUGGACAACUUGGUCCGUAAGGGAGCCAACGCCAGAGACAAGUUUGCGACGAAAGAACCUCGGGCAGUGCACGCCGGACCUGUCUGCCGCGGAUUGCAAUGCGUGCCUCCGGAAAGCCUUGACGCAGUUGGUGCCGAAUAA